AUGAUUCACGCAGAUCGUAUGCCUGCCAAUGCACAUAAAGGACGUUUCAAUGCACCAUCAGCCAACGAGGUGGCUCUAAUGAUUGUAGGACAGCAGUUUCAGCAGAGAGACAUCAUCCUUGAAAGCCGCAAUGCAAAACAGCAACGAAUAAGCGAACUCCAUAGGGCAUACGAUGCCCUGCAAUAUCCUCUCAUGUUUUGCUAUGGGGAAGAUGGAUAUUCAGUUGAUGUACUUCAGCAAGAUACUGCUGAUAAGUUGGGGCCUACUACUAAAUUACCUGUCAAGAAAACUGUUUCUGCAGCUCAGUUUUAUUCCUGGCGUAUAAUGUUACGAGAUACAGAAGAAAAUUAUCUGCUACGCUACUGUGCUCUUCUAAGCCAAUUCUUAGUUGAUGAGUAUGCUAAGAUAGAAACUGAAAAACUGAAUUUUCUCAAAUACAAUCAAAGCAAACUGAGAUCAGAGGAAUACUUUCAUUUAAGAGAUGAAGUAGGAAGGUAUGACGCUGAUCAAAUAGGACAGAGAGUGGUAUUACCAUCAUCGUUCAUCGGUGGACCCCGUUACAUGCACGAACGAGCUCAAGAUGCCAUGUCAUAUGUACGUCAUUAUGGAAGUUCAGAUUUAUUUAUAACUUUCACGUGUAACCCAAAAUGGAAAGAGAUUCAGCGAGAAUGGUAUCCCGGACAGAAGCAUUAUCAACGUCAUGACAUCAUUGCGAGAGUUUUCCAUCUGAAAGUGAAGGAGUUUAUGGAUCUUAUAGUUAAAGGACAAGUUUUUGGUAAAGUUCGGUGUCACAUGUUAUCUGUAGAGUGGCAAAAACGAGGGUUGCCCCAUAUUCAUUGCCUGCUGUGGCUGGAAGAAGCCAUUACUGCUGAUAUGAUUGAUAAAGUUGUGUGUGCUGAAAUUCCAGAUGUUGAUCGUGAUCCCCUUCUCUAUGAUAUUGUUAAGGCUAAUAUGAUUCAUGGGCCAUGCGGAAGUGUAAAUACAUUUUCUCCUUGCAUGAAAGAUGGUUGCUGCACAAAACGAUAUCCUCGCCCUUUCGUCCAAGAAACGCAGAGGGGACAAGAUGGUUAUCCUUUGUAUCGUAGGAGAACUCCAGAGGACGGUGGUUUCACAGUUAAUCUUAAAGGAUUUCAGUUAGAUAACAGAUGGGUUGUACCAUACAAUCCCGUUUUGUUGCGUACUUUUGAAUCUCAUAUCAAUGUUGAGAUAACGAAUUCCGUAAAAUCCAUAAAGUAUGUUUGCAAAUACAUCACUAAAGGAAAUGAUCAAGCAGCCUUCAUUUUAAAGAAUGAUAAAGAUAUUGAUGAGAUAGAAAUAUACGAAUCUGGCAGAUAUAUCAGCAGUUCAGAAGCAGUGUGGAAGAUAUUGGGAUUUCCUAUUCAUGAGAGAUACCCUGCAGUAAUUCAUCUUGCUCUGCAUCUGGAAAAUGGCCAACGUGUUUACUUCACCGCACAUAAUAUUCAUAACAAAGUUGCAAAACCUCCAGAGACAACACUUUCGGCAUUCUUCAACCUUUGCAAAAUUGAUGAGUUUGCCAGAACACUUCUCCUUUGGGAAAAGUACAAGGACAGUUUUUCAGAAGACAUCCAGUUUCAGCAUGAAAGACAACUGCAAGACUCCGCUCUUUCAACUAAGGACAAAGCGUACAACCAAUGCUUGAUUCUGAUUGAAGACACUGUUCAAACUCUGGGAGGUCAGCGCUUAAUGGAUUAUGGUUUACAUCAGCCUGAGCGAUUUGAGACUAAUUUGCAAAACAAAGAGUACACGCGAGAAACAAAUUUUGAUCGUGAAGAUUUGAAGAAAAAAGUACAUAAUGCUGAAGCCUCUCUAACAGGCGAACAGUCCAGCGUAUAUCAAAAGAUCCUCAACAGCCUCGAGUCUGGUACAGGCCAAAUAUUUUUCUUAGAUUCACCUAGUGGAACUGGAAAAACAUUCCUCUUAAAUUUACUUCUUUCAAAGGUUAGAAGCAAUAAAGGCAUUGCCUUGGCAACUGCAUCAUCUGGAAUAGCUGCAACGUUAUUGGAGGGUGGAAAGACAGCUCAUUCUGCUUUUAGAUUACCCCUUAACCUCAAUUACUCAGAGAAUCCAACGUGCAAUAUUAAAAAACAGAGUAAUUUGGCUAAGGUUUUACGUGAUUGCAAACUUAUUAUCUGGGAUGAGAGUACUAUGGCUCAUAAAGCAGGAUUCGAGGCUCUUAAUGCAACUCUCAAAGAUCUAAGAAAUUCUGAUGAAGUAAUGGGUGGAGUAACUGUUCUACUGGCAGGAGAUUUUCGGCAAACAUUACCGGUUGUACCUAGAGGAACACGUGCAAAUGAAGUUAACGCAUGCAUCAAAUCGUCGCAUUUAUGGCCUAAAGUGCAGAAACUUUGUUUGAGUAAGAAUAUGAGAGUUCAUUUACAUGGAGAUGCGUCAGCGGGAUUGUUUUCUAAUCUUCUCCUUAAAAUAGGAGACGGAUUAUAUCCUGAAUGUGCUGGCAAAAUUAUUAUACCCGACGCACUCGCUACGGUAGUCACGGAAUUGCCAGAUCUCAUCGCCAAGAUUUAUCCUGAUGUUGCUGAUAUGAAAAAUAAGCCCAUUGAAUGGUUGUGCGAGCGUGCCAUCUUAUCUCCAAAAAAUGAUACAGCCGCAGAAGUCAACAGCAUCUUAUUAAAGUCGUUUAGUGGAGAAGAUAUUUACUACAAAUCUUUUGAUACAACAACAAAUCGUGAUGAUGCAGUGCAAUAUCCAAAAGAGUUUCUUAAUACCUUAGACCCUCCAGGUUUUCCACCUCACCUACUUCACCUGAAAGUUGGAACACCAACUGGUGAAUUCCAACAAGGACGCAACUGCAGCCGCUGGAUGUGA